GACCACUCGACGCCCUCCGCACCCCUGGGGGAAAAAUCGCGGUCCCAAACGACGUCGACCGCUUCGUGAGAACAAACAAAGUUCGCCGCUUCGGCGCAUCGCCUGGUCGACGCCGGGCAAGGCCCACAGACUCCCGGGCGCGCGGGAAGGAACGCCCAGGGGUCCGGGCGACGCCCUGGAGCCCAACGCUCCGCCCUCCCCCUGCCGCGGCGCGCGAUCGGAUCGGCGAGCGUAAGCGUUCGACGCAGGUCCACCAUGAAGAGCAUCCUCCGCCUCGCGGCCGUGGUGCUCCUGAGCAUCAACCCCAUUCACGCCGGGAAGAAGUACUGCGAGAAGAAGGGCUCCACGGAGGCCGACUGCCUCGCUCUCAAAGCCGGCAAAAAGUGCGUCUGGGCCGACGAGGCCUGCGUCAAGGUCCCGGACGCGGAGGAGGCGGAGGACGAGGCCGAGGACGAGGCCGAAGACGAGGCCGAGGAUGAGGCGGAGGACGAGGCCGAGGACGAGGCCGAGGACGAGGGCGAGGACGAGGGCGAGGGCACGGAGGACGAGGCGGAGGACGAGGCCGAGGACGAGGCCGAAGACGAGGCCGAGGAUGAGGCGGAGGACGAGGCCGAGGACGAGGCCGAGGACGAGGGCGAGGGCACGGAGGACGAGGCGGAGGACGAGGCCGAGGACGAGGCCGAAGACGAGGCCGAGGAUGAGGCGGAGGACGAGGCCGAGGACGAGGCCGAGGACGAGAUCCUGGCUCCUCUGGAGGGCGAGGGCACGGAGGGCGCGGAGGACAAGAAGAGCUGUAAGGGCAUGAAGGGCAAGGAGAAGAAGAAGUGCAAAAAGUGUAAGGGCAAGAAAGGCAAGGCCAAGGAGAAGUGCGAGGGCAAGGAUUCCAAGUAGUAGGCAAGGCCAAGGAGAAGUGCAAGGGCAGGAUCCCAAGUAGCCCGCCGCCGACCCGAGACGCGAAUGCGCCUCGAUGAUCCCUCUUCGCACUCGUGAUUCGUGUAAGACAUUCGAUCGACGCGCGCACGGUCGACGCGCGCGCGGUCGAUGCACAGCCUCUAUGGACGACUAAUGAAUCUCGCGCC